CCAUGAGCAAUGAGAAGCCACCUAUUCUCCCAUCUGGAGAAGAACCCGCACAAGUGUUCGAUCCACUGAUGCCUCCUGCUGGGCCAGCACCACCCAUGGAUUAUGGGGUACCCCCCACGGGCUAUGGGGCACCUGCCCCCUUCCAACCCCCAUACGCAGUUUAUUAUUCCCCACCUGGUGCAGGGUCCACAGAAGAUCCCAUCCUUCAGCCACCACAGACCAUCACCAUCACACCUGUACAACCCUGCAAUGAACCCGAUCACCUGGGCUACUCCAUCUUUACCAUGCUCUGCUGCUGCCUACCCCUUGGUAUUGCUGCCUUAGUUUACUCUAUACAGACCCGGAAUGCCAACCUCAUGGGAAGGACCAUUGUUGCAAAGCAAAAAUCCAGGCGGGCACUGAACUUCGCCCACUCAGCGGUUUGCGUGGGGAUCGUAUUCAUCAUUCUGAACAUCAUCCGACUGGUGGUUUGCCGUGACAAGUACUGAAGAUAAACUGCAUUGUUCAUAUUUGUAAUGCGCCACACUCAUGCACACACACACAUAUUCAUGACACACUGCUUUUCAGCCUAAUCUACCACGCAGGGUUGUUGCGGGGAUUCAUGGGGAGGCCUGGGACAGAAGCACCAGAAUGGGGUGGAAGAUGCCUUGGACUCCAAUGCUGCACCACAGUGGGGUACAAGACCCUCUUGAGAUGCAAAUGCCGUAAACUCUGCACUCCCGACAUUGAAAGCUUCCAGUGUAGAAUAAACCAAACUUCUUAAAGAUACUACAGUCUCUGCUGCAUGGCUCACAUGGGCGUAGGCAGGCG